CAAUUGGGAAAACCGGAAAACCGGUUAUUUCUCUGAUUUUAAAUUUCAGUCAAGAUCUGCUGACGGUAUGCAGGGAACUGAAUCUGGAGAAUUCGGUGGAGGAGUUAAUGAGAGAAUUGGGGGCGGACGAGCACGGUCGCAUUUCCUAUCAAGAGUUCCUGAGGUGUCGGUUGGCCCUUCGUCCCGAGAUCGAGGCCCUCAGAUCCGGCAAGCACAGAACUAGCCCCCAUCACACGCACACGCCCGAAUACUUGCCGACCAGCAGCGACAACAGUCUCGGCACCAUAUCCGGCCGGCAUGAACGCUGGGAAUUCGAUAGCGGAGCACGAGAUCUCUCACCGGAGCCCCACACUCUGCAGAAACUAGUGGAAGCUGCCGCGGGAGGGACUGGUAACAUGCUGGACCUGGCAAACAAGGUGAGCGAUUCACGGUUUUCUCCUAUCCUCAUCGAGUCGAAAAUGCUUGGGCUCCUUGAUCGA